AUGCCGGAAUACGCCCGGCGGGUCGGAGUUUUCGUUGACGAGCCCGUGGAAAAUAUUCAGGUACGCGCAAAGGAGUUCGGACUGGAUUACCUGCAACUGCACGGUUCGGAAUCGCCCGACGACUGCCUCCGACUGCAAGAUCGGGGACUCCGUGUUAUCAAAGCGUUCCGGAUCGGGACGGCGGGCGACCUCGAAGCGACCGCCGCUUACGAAGCCGCCUGUUCCUACUUCCUUUUCGAUACGAAAACCCCGGCCUACGGCGGUUCCGGAAAAACUUUCGACUGGACGGUACUCGACGCUUACCGCGGCCAAACGCCGUUCCUGCUCAGCGGCGGCAUCGGCCCGGAACACGUCCGGGCUUUGAAGGCGUUCCGUCACGACCGGCUGGUCGGAUACGACCUAAACAGCCGAUUCGAACAGGCUCCGGAAAACAUGAACAGAAUCAAUCGACUUUUCAGCCAUGCGGAUAAAAAACUGUUAUCCGUCUAUUUUUGCGCCGGCUACCCUACCGCCGACAGCACCGCCGGGAUUAUCCGCGCCCUCGAAAACAGGGGAAUCGACCUGAUCGAAAUCGGCAUCCCGUUCAGCGAUCCGAUGGCCGACGGAGAAGUGAUCCAGCACGCAGCCACGCAGGCUCUUCGGAACGGCAUGAGCCUGAAACGAUUGUUCGGGCAGCUUUCGGACAUCCGGAAAACCGUCGAAAUCCCGUUGAUCCUGAUGGGUUAUCUGAACCCGGUGCUUCGGUUCGGGUUCGAAAACUUUUGCCGGAAAUGCGUCGAAUACGGCAUCGACGGAUGCAUCAUCCCCGACCUGCCGUUCCAGGAGUAUCAGCAGCAUUACCGCAGCAUCGCCGAACGCUACGGCCUCAAAGUGAUCAUGUUGAUCACACCGGAGACCAGCGACGAACGUAUCCGGCUGAUCGACAGCAAUACGGACGGCUUCAUCUACAUGGUUUCAUCGAGCGCCACGACCGGAGCGCAACAGGACUUCGACGCCCGGAAACAGGAUUAUUUCCGCCGGAUCGACGCAAUGCGGCUGCGUAACCCGCGGAUGAUCGGAUUCGGAAUUUCGAACCGUGCGACGCUGCAAGCCGCUUACGACCAUGCGUCCGGCGCCAUUGUCGGCAGUAAAUUCGUUUCGCUGCUCGGCGAGACGAAUACGCCGGAGCAAGCGAUCGAACGCCUGCUGGAAACACUCGAAAAAUAA